ACAUCGAUAUCAACUGAUCCGUUUUCUAAAACGACACACAUGAGGCCACAAUCCACACUACAAACCGUUACUUACCACUAUACAUAGCAGUUCUUCUUUUCUCCUUCACUACUCAACACGUCAUUUUCUCCCAAUCCCCUUACAUAAUUCAUCACACCUCCAAAUAAUCAAUCAACAACAACAAAAUGUUCCGCAUAAGCAACACAUUGGUUGGUAUCCUAAACAUACUGACCUUGUUACUUUCCCUCGCCGGAAUGUGCGGUUUCGCCUACAUCCAUUUCCGCCAUACCGACUGCCUCAAAGUGCUGCAGUAUCCUCUCCUCUUUGGUUCCGUCUUCAUCUUCGUCGUCUCCGUCCUCGGAAUAAUCGGCUCGCUCUGCGGUAUCAAUGAGGCUCUCUAUGCUUACCUUCUUGCGACUUUCUUUGUUAUAUUGGGUUUCAUGUUCUUCACUGUUUUUGCAUUGUUUGUUACCAACAAGGUAGUUGGUACGGAGGUUUCUGAAAAUAAAGGGUUUCGGGUGAACAGAGUUGCGGAUUUUUCGCUUUGGUUGCAACAAUAUGUUAUUAAUGAGAAAAAUUGGGAUGAUAUUAAGAGUUGUUUGGUUGGUGUUCGUUUGUGUCAACAAAACCUCUCCGCCACGCAGUUUGGAUGUUGUAAGCCACCUGAACAAUGUGGAUUCACAUUGAAAAAUUCAACAUAUUGGGAAGUGCCAAAAACAGGAGUAACAGUGAACGACACUGAUUGCAGAACUUGGAACAAUAAAGAAGACAAUCUGUGUUACGAUUGCAAUUCAUGCAAAGGAGAAGUGCUAGCCAACAUAAGAAACCAAUGGAAACAUCUUUUUAUAUUCAAUGUUUGUGUGCUUACACUCCUCACAAUCAUUUAUGUCUUAGGUUGCUAUGCCAUUAGGAACAAUCGAAUAGAAGCGGCCAAUUUGGAGUAUCAUCCAUAUGGAAUGACCCAUGCUAUUUGAAUUGAAGAAUGAAGUUUGUUAAGCCUGUCUUAUAUGUUGAUAGUUUUGAAAAUAUCUGAUUUGGUACACAACCUUGUGGUUUUUGUAUGAAAGUACAUGUAAUUCAAUUAGUUUUUAUCUCUGUUUUUAUAGUGACCUUUAAAUGCUUGGGUCUUCUUAUCGGGGCAAACCAUAGGCGCGUAGUACGUGGAAAUUGGUGAUUUAUUCGUUCAAAAAGAAAAUUGUCUUAUAGAAAAUUGAUCCCUUAUUUGCGUGGGAGGAGGGAAUGGCACAUGAAUUGCAAUUUGCUUUGGACGGUAUAACACCAACGAUUGGAGAGUGG